AUGGCAACCCGAAACGAAGUUCUUCAGGCCUGCGCCGAUCAGCCGCCCGAAGCAGUCCUCUCGCUCACACAAACAUGCCCCGACCCGCCAACUGAAAUGCAGAUGGCCUACAAGGCAGCAGAGAACGGCAACUCCACCCUACUCCACUGGCUCCUCCACAACGCCACCACUCCCUUACCCCGCGGCACACUCCUCCUAGCCGCCGCCAGCGCUCUCUCCCAGCCCUGCAUCCAAGCCGUCCUGGACCUCGGCCUCGACAUCAACCUCGCCAACGACCCCGACCUCAUCGCCAACGACCGCAUCGGCGGCGUCAUCCACCGCGCUCUACGCAGCCCCAACUGCACCGAAGCCUUCAUCGCCUGGCUCCUCGAGCGCGGCGCCGAUCCGAACGCCGUCGAUGCUGGCUGGCAGCGGCAUGUCUUAGUCUAUGCCAUGACCCACGGGCCCGACGGCUCCAUGCCCAUCGUGAAGCUGCUCAUCGCCUACGGUGCGGAUGUGAACCGUGCGAAGGCAUUGCAUUAUGCCGCGUCGUGCAACGAUAUCGAGAAAGCGAGGUUUCUCGUGGAAGAGGCGGGCGCGAAUGUCGACGAGCCGGGCGUGCCGGAGAAGGAUUUCUACUGGGAACGAGGUCCUGGGACGCCGUUGCAUACUGCGGUGGCGAGAGGCCACUCCAGAGUCGCUCAUUAUCUUUUGAAGAAAGGUGCUGACUUGGACGCUCGAGACGCGAUAAAGGGGAUGACACCGUUGGAGGUGGCUGAGGAUCGUUGGGGGCCGCCAAGUAUUCUAUCCAUCCUGAAGAUUUGGCGUAAGAAGCGUCAGCGGGAUGAAACUGGGGCGUAG